CGUUUCUGCAUCAUAGACACAUUAGUUGAUAUUUACCUACGCACUUUACGAUACUUAUUUUUCAGAAUUUGUACAGUAUUAAAUAACAAAUCACGACCAAAUUAGUGUUUUAGUUACAGUUUUAAAAACAUUAGUUAUGGGGCAAACCCUCUCUGAGCCCGUGACAGAGAAGCAGUCAUCAACAUGCCAGGACUCCAGAUAUCUUGUGGGGUCCUCAUGUAUGCAAGGAUGGCGUGUAUCAAUGGAUGACUCACACACACAGAUAUUAUCACUGCCUGAUGACCCUGGUACAGCAUACUUUGCAGUUUAUGAUGGCCAUGGAGGGUCAAACAUAGCUGAAUAUGCAGGGAAACAUCUACACAAAUUCAUAAUGGCAAGACCUGAAUAUCACCUUGGAAAUAUUGAGGAAGCAAUGAAACAGGGUUUUCUUGACCUAGAUCAGGCAAUGCUGGAAGAGAACAUGCAAGAGAAGGUAGCAGGUAGCACAGCCGUGGCGGUGCUUAUAAAAGAUAACACACUGUAUUGUGCUAAUGUUGGCGACUCCCGAGCUAUAGCCAGUGUCAGGGGUGCGGUCGAGGUCCUGUCAUAUGAUCAUAAACCAUAUCAUAAAGAGGAACUUCGCAGAAUAACAGCAGGCGGGGGCUGGGUACAGUUGAAUCGUGUGAAUGGAAAUCUAGCCCUCUCUCGUGCAUUGGGCGAUUACAUUUUUAAGCGUAAUUACCGCAUGUCACCCCGGGAUCAAAUAGUUACAGCAUAUCCAGAUGUUCAAGUGAGGCAACUCAAUGAUGACUGGGAAUUUAUUGUGAUUGCAUGCGAUGGUAUUUGGGAAGUGUUGUCCAAUGAGGAAGUUUUAUCAUUCUGUCGUGUGAGGUUGUUAAGUGGAUGGGAACCCGCUGCCGUCUGUGAGGCUCUGAUGCAAGUAUGUUUGGCUCCCAACUGCGCGACUGGAGGUCUAGGAUGUGACAACAUGACGGUUCUGAUUGUAUGCCUGUCUCCAUUCCCGAGAGCUGAUAUGGUGUCACCAUUCCAAUGUCUCGAUAACUCACGUCCGAACCAGUAUUGGACGAUGCCUCCGAGACGGUUUUCAUAAUUUUCUUUCUAAUUACACCAGCACAAGCUUUAAUCUGAAAACUUCGUUAUAAAGUAAUGAAAUUGUUAAAUACGUUCAUACAUCAGUAUUCUUAAAUUGAAUGCAUAUAUAAUAUAUUUUUUAACGACAGCCAAGAUUAUGACGAAGUUUUCUUAUGUUUUGAUACCAAAUAGUGUAUGUGUUUCAUUAAAAUAUACUAAAUGCUAUGAUUAAAUUCAUAAGAAAAACCUCAAUAAAUAGGUUAUGAAUUAAAAGUUUAGAUGUUUUUAUAAUGUAUAAAUUUUAAGAGAUUUUUGUGACAAUAAAU